CUAACAAAGUUUUUUUUUGUAUUUGUAUCAAAAACGGAACGAAAUUAUGUUGUAUUCAUUUCUGUAAAUCAUAAAAAAAUGAAGCAAAAUUGAGAGUUUGUGAAAAACAUGAAAAAAGUGUGCCCAGCUGAGGAAUUGGAGCACAAGAGACAAUGAUAACAACCAAAAACUAGACGAAAAAAGUGAAAAGUGCACAACUUUUAUAAAGAAGAAUUUUCAGAUAAUGGCGAGCAAAUCAAAGUUACUUGUACGAAGUCACGCGAUUCAGGAAUCAGCAUCUCCGCCGCCAUCGCCUUUCAAGCAAGAAUUGAAGGAGGAACAAGACGAAGACGAAGAGCAACUGCAGAAAAGUAACCAUGACCUACAUUUGGUAUCGCCAACAACAACAACAACAACGAGCAUCAUGAAGAAGGACGACGAUACGGAACAAAAAUUGGAUGUGAAGAAAAAUGCAGGAGCGAUUCAGAAAAAUGUUCAAAUUAAUGCGUCGAAUAAGGAAACGGAGAAAAUUGAAAAGCCCAAAAUGAAGCAAAUGGGCUCGUCGUCGAGUUUUGAAGGCGCAUCUUCCGGAUUUAUCUCAAGAGAAAGUUCCUAUGAACAACACAUGACGACAGACCACAAUGGAGUAAGUCUCUUGCAAUUUUUCCACGAGACACUCAACAAAAAUGCCAAAGAUCGCAAUAUGUUACUGAAAAUCGAAAAGGAAUUAUAUUCUUUGGCAACAGAUAAAAGCCGAACUCAAGUAAUUUUUCCGCCAAUGUGUUCGUACAAUCGGAUGUUAAUUCAUCGUGUUGCUGCGUAUUUUGGGAUGGAGCAUAAUGUCGAUGCCACGCAACAAUGUGUCAUCGCUGGAAUUACCAAAUUGACGAGAGUGCCAGAUAUUCGUUUUAAGACUUUGAUCAACGACGGGCACAGCGAUGAAUAUAAAAAAUCGAUUCUGAAGAGAAGUGCUCACAGCUUUGACGAAUGCAAACAAACGGAAUUCCUGUCAGCGCAUAAUAGAGGGACUCUCAGUAGGAAAACGAAGAGUUUCGAAGAACGUCAACACAAUUACGAGAAGAUUAAACAUCGGAUUUUCAAGGAUUCGGGGAAUAUUUCAAUGGAAGGCGAUUGGUCGAGAUCAUCUUCUGUCUUGCAUGACGAAUCAAAGGCAAAUAACACAGCAAAUCUUCCGGAUUAUCAAUGUCAAGUAUUGGAGUUGCUGAAAAAUAAACGGAAUGAAUCAAAUGAAAGUCACGAUCGUCCUCCAAACGACAAUCCAUGCAAAUAUGGGGCAUUAUGGGCUGUAACUGAUAUCACUCUUGUACCAAAAGGAAGCAUUCUCAUCGAUCCACAGACAUUGAAACCCAUCGUUAAUGCUGAUAAUACAAUUUACACAUAUGAUCCGGAUAAUUUUCCUCCGAAUCCAAAUAAAGGUCCAAUUGUGAAGUUAAAUGACGUGAAAAUUAAUCUCGUUGAUGAAAUUCAAGAAGCGCCCGUUGAACAACAAUCAGAAUACGAUCCAAGCUGUGAAUGCAAAGAAAAAGUCGAAAAACCGAGAUUUGAGCCUCCGGUAGUUGAAGAAGUUGUUCCUCCAACGACAGUUUACUUCAAAAAUCGAACAAAACCGCCGUCGCAGCCUCAGCAACAAUACGAGAACCAAAAUGAGAAGCCACAGGUUCAUGUGCAACAAAUGAAAUUUCAACCGAAUUAUCAUCCGAAGCCAUUGUCGCCUGACAAGAUUCAAUAUGAGCAUCCAGCAGCGAGAUUUUCACUCAAUUGUCCAUUUACGUAUACGAUGACGAAUGGAAAUGCUUCAACGUAUUGGGCAAGUCAACAUAUCCCUUUCCGGAUACCGUCACAAGAUUUUGGCAUGCCCUUGCCAUUGCACGGCGCCUACAUUCAUCCCGCAGCGCAACAACAGCCUCAUCCGCCGCACAAUCACAAAAAUCCUCUGCGAAUCGACGACACAAAAGCAGUAGAUUUGCCUUCUUCCAUGGAUCCUCGAUUCACUUUUUCCUACGCACAAGGCGCGUUUCCCGGCGUUCCUCCUCCGAUGGAUCCAAAUGCGGUAAUUAACAUUUACGGGCAGCAAUUGAGUCAAAAUCAUGUGAUGGAAGCGUCGGGCAAGAAAGAAUGCAAUUGCGCGACAACAACGACGCCUGAGCAACACGAUGGCGCCGAAAAAGACGACAAAAACGACGGGAAAUUCAAAUAUGCUCCGAAAAACUUCAAUAACAACAACAACAAUGCGGAGAAAAAGUAUCGCAAGGAUAACGGAGGACCCGGAGGACAUAGAUAUAAAUUUCAAAAUUCCAUCCAACCACAUUCCAACAACUUUCAUGAGAUACGCUUGCAACCAACAAGCACUUUUAUUCAAGAUGGAGAUCAACACAGAAUAGUGCAUUCAAAUUUAGGUCCUAAUCAGCAACAUUUACAUAAUGGCAUAGCGUCAGGAAAUCAAUAUCCCAGAAAAAAUAAUCAUAUUAAAAGCGAUAGGUUGUGAUGAAAUAAAUGUAAAUAGAUCCUUUUCGCGUAUGAUAGUACCU